AUGUCGUCCCGGCCCGGGCGCGAUGGCGCGGGGGCCGGGGGCGCGCGGCAGCCGCGGGAGGCCCUGGAGCAAGAGCUGCAGCGGCGCCGGGAGCAGAAGCGGCGGCGCCACGACGCGCAGCAGCUGCAGCAGCUCAAGCACCUGGAGUCCUUUUAUGAGAAGCCUCCUCCUGGGCUUAUCAAGGAAGAUGAGACUAAGCCAGAAGACUGUAUACCAGAUGUCCCAGGCAAUGAACACGCCAGGGAAUUUCUGGCCCACGCACCAACCAAAGGACUUUGGAUGCCACUGGGGAAAGAAGUCAAAGUCAUGCAGUGUUGGCGUUGUAAACGGUAUGGUCACCGAACGGGCGACAAAGAAUGCCCUUUCUUUAUCAAAGGCAAUCAAAAGUUAGAACAGUUCAGAGUAGCACAUGAAGAUCCCAUGUAUGACAUCAUUCGAGAUAAUAAAAGACAUGAAAAGGAUAUAAGGAUACAACAGUUAAAACAGUUACUAGAGGAUUCAACAUCAGAUGAAGAUGGGAGCAGCUCCAGUUCCUCAGAAUGUAAAGAGAAACACAAGAAAAAAAAGAAGAAAGAAAAGCAUAAGAAAAAAAAGAAAGAAAAGAAAAAGAAGAAAAAACGAAAGCAUAAGUCUUCCAAGUCAAAUGAGAGUUCAGACGCAGAAUGACAAGAGCUUGACUUGUUCAAUGUUCUCUUCUCAAAAAAUCAAACACUGUGGCCAAAGAUCAGAAGAAUGUGGAAUCAGAGAGGAAUAGGAGAGAGAGACACCAAGAGAGGAGGAGGUUUGGUGUCACAGGUGCAAAUUCUGACCUACCUUCCAGUAAAGAUGUGACACCGCCACCAGAAGAGUGAGUUGUAUCUUGCCAGGUGCUAGCUCUGGACAGCGGCUGAUUUCAGACUGGAAAGCUUUUCUCAUUGUCCUCCCUGCUGAUCAUUGUGGGUCCUGAUUCCUUAGAAUGCCUCUGGCAGGGUGGCCAGACUAAGGGAAUCUCUGGGGAAGCUCCUCCAGGUGCUGCCGCAGCUUCUACCCUUCAUGGUGGGGCUACUUAAUGCCCAUAGAUUUCAAGCUUGACUUUCCUCUGUUGUCGAGGAUAAUAAAAGCUCACUAUUUAUUUUUUAAA